AACUUGCAAUAUGAGAAUGGUUUGUAAAUUCGGUGGUGGCGCGGUUAUGAUAAAGGCGGUGACGAAACACCUCGAUUUGCCGAAUUGUAGAAUGUAACACGAUAAAAUGCUCCGCCGCCGCGUCGCCUCGCGUCCUCUUCUCCUCCACCGCGCUUCUACUUCUAUCUCCUUCUCUCCUUUCACUUCUCAUUACGAGAAGAACCCAAACUCGAACAGGCCAAGCCCACAAACGCGGCUUUCACUACCCCUCGCACCUUACGCUUUCGUGCAAAUCCUCUCCUCCGCCACUAAGUCGUUUUCUUUAUCCACGGGAGAGCAACUACACGCCGCCAUUGUCAAGAUCUGCUUCGAUACCAACCUCUUCAUAAGCACUGCUCUUCUCAAUUUUUACUUUUGUCGUGGGCGGUUUGCCUGUGCCCAGAAGCUGUUCGACGAAAUGCCUCGCAGAAAUGUGGUCACUUGGAACACUAUGGUUUAUGGCUAUUCCCAGUCCCAUGUGCCCAAUCAUGCAGUUAAAGCUUUCGCACAGAUGGUAUAUGCGGGUGUUAUUUUGAAUCCAUCUUCUGUGUCUAGCGUUUUGGUUGCUUGCUCGAAAUUGGAGGAUAUGGAUAUCGGCACGAUGGUGCAUUGUGUUGGUCUAAAAAGUGGAUUUUGUUCUAAUGUUGUUGUUGGGACCGCAUUGGUGGACAUGUGUGCAAAGUGCCGUGAUAUGGGGGCUGCAAGAAGAGUGUUUGACGAGAUGAAGGAGAGGAAUGUGAUUACUUGGACCUCAUUGCUUAGUGGGUAUUCUUUGGAACACCGAUCCAAUGAUGCAAUGUUGUUGUUCAGAGAGAUGAGACAGCAAUGUGUUGAGUUGAAUGAAGUUACCUAUAGCAGUCUCAUUAGCUCCUUCUCGAGGCUUGAAGAUAUGGUACAUGGGAAACAAGUUCAUUCUCUUGUAGUAAAAGAAGGAUUAGAGGCCCAUCACUACAUUGCAGUCGCACUCUUGACCAUGUACUCAAAAUGCGGCAGCUUACAGGAUUUCAAUAAGGUGUGCCAAACUGUCCCUUUUCAGGAUCAAAUCUCUUCUAAUUCAAUUAUGGCCGGAUUUUCUCAUUUUGGUAAUGGUAAGGAAGUUCUUGAGAGGUUCUUGCUAAUGAGAAGGGAGCGUAUAGGCGUUGACUUCUUCACCUUUGUGAGCGUCUUAAAGGCUAUUGGAAUUCUCCCUGCUUUGGAGGAGGGAAAGCAAAUCCAUGCUCUGAUUUUCAAAACUGGGCAUGGCUCUUCUGUGUGCAUUCAAAAUGGGCUCGUUUCCAUGUAUGCAAAAUGCGGUGCAAUAUACAAUUCGAAGCAGGUCUUCUCUUCAAUGGAGGACCCUGACUUGGUUUCUUGGAACUCGCUUUUAUCAGGUUGUGCCCAACAUGGUUAUGGAAAGGAGGCUAUUGAAUUGUUUGAACAAAUGAAAGGGAAUGAGAUUAGACCGGACCACACCACGUUCCUAUCUGUGCUCACAGCUUGUAGCCAUGUUGGGCUUGUGGAGAAAGGGCUUGGAAUUUUUUAUUUAAUGAAAGGGGACCCACAAACUUUUGUAGGAUUAGAGCAUUAUGCAUGUAUCAUAGAUCUUCUUGGUCGGGCAGGAUAUCUCACGGAGGCAGAAGCUCUUGUCAAUGAAAUGCCUAUAAAACCGGGAGUAUCGGUUUAUAGAGCUCUACUAAGCGCAUGCCUAAUGCAUGGGAAUUUGUGUAUAGCAAAACGUAUGGCUGAGAAGCUUUUUCGGCUACGUCCAAAUGACCCUUCUACUCAUAUUCUUUUCUCAAACAUCUUUGCAUCUGAUGGUUGGUGGGACAGUGCAGCCGGUGUACGGGAAAAUAUGAGGGAGAAAGGAGUUAAGAAGGAGGCAGCUUCAAGUUGGAUUGAGAAUCGGACACUUGUUGCAUAGAGAAAUAAGUUUUGCAGAUUGAAAGUAUCUCAAAUAGACACUAUGAAAAGAUAAGAAAGAACUAGCGGAUUUUGGUCAGAAAAAAAUCUAUUCACAAACAAACUAUAAUGAUAAAAUCAGUCUACACUCCCAGGUGGUGAAAAUUACUGCAGUUGGUUUGUAAAGAAUCUGCUAUCAGCUUCAACGCACAUAAUUUAGCAUUGAUGUGUAGGAUCCCACUCCAACAACCAGGUGAAGAGUUUCAGCAUCUUAUGGUAAGUUCUGUAUGUGUUUACCAAUUAGUAAUGAUGAAAAGAUCAUUUUAGUCUUGAAGAUGAAGUCAGACCUGCCAUGAAUUUUAGUAUUUAAUGGGGUGUUAACCAUAGAAUGAUCCAGUUUUAAUAGCGUCC